AGCCCACGUGUGCCGGCACUGUUUACUUCAUUCUAUUUUUUUUCCUUCCGAAGGGGGAGACGCAGGAAGCAGCUCAGCAAUUACCUCCCCUCCCGUUUUGGGAUGCGAUUUUGAGUUUCCGUAGCGGGGCACGCACGCACGCACAGCUUUCCGUCUUUCUGCCCGCGUGCAGCCUUCCUUAGUAGAAGAGACAGCAAAAAAAUGUAAACAAUCUUGGGUGGGAGAGAGCCUACGGCGUUCGAGAACGCGGUUGCUGGAACGCCGAGCCGUACGUACUGUCUUACACGCAUUGCUCCCUUUCCGACGACGCCACGGGCUGGGCCUCUCGGUAUGCAGGCACGCGAAGUGUCUUGUCUUGGGUUGAUGAACCCCCCCCCUUUACUCUGCUACUAUACUCCCACUACUGCUUACGGUUGCUACUUACAACUUGGUACCUCAGAGCACGAAGCCCUCUCGCAAGGUCAAGGCGGGCAGUGUAUCUCCGGAACCAUCAUCUCCAACAAGAGGGUAGUUUCUCACCAUCCCCCCCCUACCCCCUCAUCCAUAAACGAACAUUCCAUAUCGCGUCGGGAGGCGCCCGUGGGAUGACCGUCGCGUUCGUCCCGCGCACUCAACCCGUCAAGUCAACCACCCGCAAAGGAACACGACCCAAGCCCUCUCAGUAUAUAAACACCACCCGACCAUGGCCUCGAACCAAGCGGUCCCCCCUUUGCCCCCUGAGUGAGACUCACGCCAACCGCCCAUCUCGACAACCCGCUCACGUCAACGACUCGUGCAGCAACCCCCCCCCCCCGGAUAGAUAGAGCAACACCGGACGUGUGUUCCCCCAUCAUCAUAUCACCACCAUGAUGGGCGACACCAGCCGCCGCGGCGGCCCCAGCUGGGCCAAGCUCGCCGCCCUGGCCGCUCUCCUGGCCGCGCCGGCAGCCCGAGCCGGCGAGCCCGAGCAUCACCCGCACUACGUCUCGACGGUCGAGGUCGUCGUCACCACGUAUCUCGAGUACGGUGCCUGCGCCAACCUCUGCCCCAUCGGCUUCAAGACCAUGCUCGAGAAGCCCACCACCCAUGACCAGCAUCACGCCACGACGACGUGUGGUUGCGAGGACGACCACCCGCACGAGAGCCACCACGAGUCGCACUCGUAUCAUCCUUCCACGCCACACAACCACACGACCCCCGUGAAGACGACGCCUACCGCGCCGCAUCACACCCACCCGGAUCCCACGCAUCCCCAUUACAGUCACCCGGAUCACACUCCUCCCCCUCACAGCACCCCGUCCAGCGGGCAUCCUCCCCCGCCGUACCACCCGCCUUCCAGCGAGCAUCCCCCGCCUCCCUACCACCCUCCCUCCAGCAACCACCCUCCGCCUCCUCCGUACACGACCCCCGGUUACCAUCACCCUCCGCCCGGCGACAACUAUCCUCCUCCCGGUGACUACUAUCCGCCUCCCGGUGACGACUACUACCCACCCCCUGGCGGCGACGACUGGCCUCCCUCUGGCGACUAUCCUUUUCCCGGCAAGGCUCCCGGCAAGGCUCCCGGCAAGGGCAAGCCUCAUCAUGGCGAUGGAAAGGACGACGACGAUGGUGAACAGUGCUAUGGUUCGGACAAAACCGCCUUCUGCGUCGGGCCCGAUGGACACGUCGUGGGAGCUUCUGGCCACGAAAUCAUCGACCACUUUCUCGGAGACCCUUAAAGGUGGUGUCAGUCACCAUGGAGCGUGUUCGAUGUUGGAGUGAACAAGGCGUUGGCGCGUUACGGUCAGGAUCAGAAUUGGGCUGGGUGUACUAGUGACGGGCUCGGGUUCGCCAAGCAUAGUUGCGAGAUGCUCGUAAUAUUCACGGUUUAAUUUCCUAUCAAAACGAUACACUGACCA